AUGUUUUUCAUCAAGCUUGUCGCUCUUUCUGCUCUUUCUCUGUCCGUUGUACACGGCCAGGGCACUGAUGACUGCCCAGAGCUUCCAGAGACUGGAGUCACUAUCGGUGACCCUGUUCCCAUCCGGCCGGAAGAUGUUCCCGCUGGCUGUUCUGACUUCGAGAUUCUCGUUGCUCGAGGAACGAGUGAGCCCAACUUUGUCGGCGGCGGCGGAAAGUUUGGCAUCAUCGUCGGCGACCCGGUCGUCAGCAACACGACUGUUGCUCUUCCUGGCGCCAGAGGAUACCCUGUUCAAUAUCCGGCCAGCUCGCAGAUCAUCACGGGCGUCCGUCAAGGUUCCAGAGAUGUGGUCAAUCGCCUCAAGUCCCAGGCUGUUGCCUGUCCCAACCAGAACUUUUCUCUGGUCGGAUAUUCUCAGGGCGCGGCUGUGAUGCACGCCGCCGCAGCUGACAUCCCAGCUGAGCUCUAUAGCCGCAUCAAAUCUCUGGUGAUGUUUGGGGACGGAUACUUGAAGCUCGGAGCCAGCCUGAGCAAAUUCCCCGCCGGGCUGGACGAGAAGGUGAGGCAGGUCUGCGCAGCUGGUGAUCCGGUUUGCGAUGCUAGUGGUACCUGCACAUUCUUCCACCUGACUUAUAUCCGUCCUGAGUUCAUUGAUCCUGCCGUCGACUUCAUUGUUCAGAAGUUUACUCAGUAA